GCGGGGAGGGCGACACUCGGCGCUGGCGCCUGCAGCCCCCACGCGCUCCCUCCGCCACGGAACCUGGGUCCCAGGGCUGCUCCCCAGAGAGGCUCGAGCGCGCCGCGGGCGGGAUCUGAGUCGGAACCGGCGGCGAGGGAGGGAGCGAGGAGCGAGCAGAGUCUCGUGCGCGGACGCGCGGCUCCGGGUCCCCUCCCAGCCCCGGCCGGUGCCCGCCGCCGCCAGACUCCGGCUGCCCGCGGGAGGGGCUGUGAGCCGGCGACCCGUCGGGGACCGCAGCUGCUCGGCCGGAGUGCAGGGGGUCGAGUCCGCGCGACGGCUCACGCGGGACAGGUCCCUGGAUGAGAAGGAGCUGACAGCAGCUGAGCCCCACCUUCUCUGAGUGCCGGGGAGCGGGGCUGCGUGGCCCAGGCGGCACCAAUGCCUAAGAACAGCAAGGUGACCCAGCGUGAGCACAGCAGUGAGCAUGUCACGGAGUCGGUGGCCGACCUGCUGGCCCUCGAGGAGCCCGUGGACUACAAGCAGAGCAUCCUGAACGUGGCAGGUGAGGCCGGCGGCAAGCAGAAGGCGGCAGAGGAGGAGCUGGACGCGGAGGACCGGCCGGCCUGGAACAGCAAGCUGCAGUACAUCCUGGCCCAGAUCGGCUUCUCCGUGGGCCUGGGCAACAUCUGGAGGUUCCCCUACCUGUGCCAGAAAAAUGGAGGCGGUGCCUACCUGGUGCCCUACCUCGUGCUACUGAUCAUCAUCGGGAUCCCACUCUUCUUCCUGGAGCUGGCUGUGGGCCAGAGGAUCCGCCGUGGCAGCAUUGGUGUGUGGCACUACGUGUGCCCCCGCUUGGGGGGCAUCGGCUUCUCCAGCUGCAUAGUCUGCCUGUUUGUUGGGCUAUAUUAUAAUGUGAUCAUCGGCUGGAGCAUUUUCUACUUCUUCAAGUCCUUCCAGUACCCACUGCCCUGGAGCGAAUGUCCUGUCACCAGGAAUGGGACUGUGGCAGUGGUGGAGGCAGAGUGUGAAAAGAGCUCAGCCACCACCUACUUCUGGUACCGAGAGGCCUUGGACAUCUCCAAUUCCAUCUCGGAGAGCGGGGGCCUCAACUGGAAGAUGACCCUGUGCCUCCUGGUGGCCUGGAGCAUCGUGGGCAUGGCUGUGGUCAAGGGCAUCCAGUCCUCCGGGAAGGUGAUGUAUUUCAGCUCCCUCUUCCCCUAUGUGGUGCUGGCCUGCUUCCUGGUCCGGGGGCUGCUGCUGCGAGGGGCUGUCGAUGGCAUCCUACACAUGUUCACCCCCAAGCUGGACAAGAUGCUGGACCCCCAGGUGUGGCGGGAGGCAGCCACACAGGUCUUCUUCGCCCUGGGGCUGGGCUUCGGGGGUGUCAUCGCCUUCUCCAGCUACAACAAGCAAGAUAACAACUGUCACUUCGAUGCUGCACUGGUGUCCUUCAUUAACUUCUUCACCUCGGUGCUGGCCACCCUCGUGGUGUUUGCCGUGCUGGGCUUCAAGGCCAACAUCAUGAACGAGAAGUGUGUGGUCGAGAAUGCCGAGAAAAUCCUGGGGUACCUCCACACCAAUGUCCUGAGCCGGGACCUCAUCCCUCCACACGUCAACUUCUCGCACCUGACUGCCAAGGACUACACGGAGAUGUACAAAGUCAUCAUGGCCGUGAAGGAGGACCACUUCUCAGCUCUGGGCCUCGACCCCUGCCUCCUGGAGGACGAGCUGGACAAGUCCGUACAGGGCACAGGGCUGGCCUUCAUCGCCUUCACUGAGGCCAUGACGCACUUCCCGGCCUCCCCGUUCUGGUCUGUCAUGUUCUUCCUGAUGCUCAUCAACCUGGGUCUGGGCAGCAUGAUUGGGACCAUGGCCGGCAUCACCACGCCCAUCAUCGACACCUUCAAGGUGCCCAAGGAGAUGUUCACAGUGGGCUGCUGUGUCUUUGCAUUCUUCGUGGGGCUGUUGUUCGUCCAGCGCUCCGGAAACUACUUUGUCACCAUGUUUGACGACUACUCUGCCACCCUGCCGCUCACCGUCAUCGUCAUCCUUGAGAACAUUGCUGUGGCCUGGAUCUAUGGAACCAAGAAGUUCAUGCAGGAGCUGACAGAGAUGCUGGGCUUCCGGCCCUAUCGCUUCUAUUUCUACAUGUGGAAGUUCGUGUCUCCACUGUGCAUGGCUGUGCUCACCACGGCGAGCAUCAUCCAGCUGGGGGUCACACCCCCCGGGUACAGCGCCUGGAUCAAGGAGGAGGCUGCGGAACGCUACCUGUACUUCCCUAACUGGGCCAUGGCGCUCCUGAUCACCCUCAUCGUCGUGGCGACCUUGCCCAUCCCCGUGGUGUUCAUCCUCCGGCACUUCCACCUGCUCUCUGAUGGCUCCAACACCCUCUCCGUGUCCUACAAGAAGGGCCGCAUGAUGAAGGACAUCUCCAACCUGGAGGAGAACGAUGAGACCCGCUUCAUCCUCAGCAAGGUGCCCAGCGAGGCGCCCUCCCCCAUGCCCACUCACCGCUCCUACCUGGGGCCCGGCAGCACGUCGCCCCUGGAGACCAGUGGCAACCCCAAUGGACGCUAUGGGAGCAGCUACCUCCUGGCCAGCACCCCCGAGUCGGAGCUGUGACCACCGCCCCACCCUGCCCUGCCCACCUCUCCCCCGACACCCAUCCAGCCUGCUCGUCCCGGCCUGGCCUCGCUUCCUAGGCUAGGCCCUCUGCCCACGGAGAGGGGGGGUGCCCUCCCUCAUCCCCCACCCCAGUCCCGGCCAGCUCCUCCCUAGACCUGAGCAGGGGCCAGGAGAAACUCUGUCCCCAGUGCAGGCUCCCAGCCCAUCUCACCUCCUGAGAUCCGCUCACCAAAUUGCAGCUGAUUAACGAGAACAAUCCAGAAGUCCGGAUUCCCAGCACAGUGGAGACUGCAAGUGGCCACUGUAGGGGUCACUCUCCCUACCCGCUCCCUGUAACCUGGCACCUGUUGUUCUUAGGUCCUGGGCAUCCCUCCGUGCCACCAGGUGGUGGUGAGAGGCUCGGCGUCGGGUAGGACGGGGUGUGGGGCAGCCCAGAGGCUGAUGAAUUCAAGGUUGGGGACAGGACGAUUGUGUCAGGACUCAGGGCUCAGACCUGGGACGGAAUCUUGUGGAAGUCCCCAGGUUCUGUCUUGUGGGCUGGGCACGGGGGCCCUUGGCCUGGGCUCUAGGUGGAAUCUCCAUGUUCCUGACCCUGCCUGGGGCAGCGUGUGUCCUGCGUCCUGCCUGGGAGGGUGACAACUGUCCGGAACCCUUGCCCGCCUCCAUGAGGGCUUAGCCGGCCCUCUCCGUCCCCACCCUGGAGCCCACAGUCCUGGCCUGUGCCUCUUUCCUCUAGAGAGGAGGGGACAGUACACAGAGAGGUUUCCAGAGCACACUUGAUGGUUCACAGCACAAUUCAGAUGGUUUGGAGCACAAUUGCGAAGCACACUCCCUCUCUCACCCGGGGGCCCAACUUUCUCACUAGCGGCAGCUUCUCCCCUGGAAUGGGGGUCCCUGGAGUUCAGGGGCUCGUACCCAGCAAACCUCAUCCCUAGGGAAAGACGGAUAACUUCACUGCCCCUUUGGGCUGCCACUCACUCUCCUUGUUCGAGCACAACCAGCGCCGUGUGCAUGUCAUGUGUGAAUAUCUCGGGAACCUUCCCCAAGCCGCCCGGCCCGUGACAGGGAGGGCACGGGCAGUGCUGUGGGCACCGGGGUUGCCCAGGAGAAGGGCCGGGUCUCUGUCCUGGGGCCCAGCCCCCGCCGCAUCCCCACCCACCCCUACCUGAGGCCUCCCCCAGAAGAGGGCUGCCCUCGGAGUGCAGGCUGGGAGGACUGGAGUCUGGCUGGAGAAUAAUGUCUGCAGAGCGCUGGAUGGGCUCGCGGAAGGAUGGUCGCGUGGAUGCACAGGCAUGGAUGGAUGGAAGGCAGGCAGCCUGGCGGGGAUGGCAGAACUCCAAUUGUGAGAGCUGAGGUACACGGGGCAGCAGCGGGCCACAGUGCUAGGCCCGGGCACCUUCACGCAACGUCCCGAGUCACUCCCGUGUUCUCAGCGCUGGGAGGGACAGGCCACGCCCAGGGUUCCCUCCUUCAUCACCUAGCACCAUGGUCCCCCCCACCAACUUGCCAAGGGGUCCCUCCCCCCGCAUCUGCUCCCAUUUCCAGCCCUCUGGCCACACCUGUCCUUUCUCAGUGUGAGGGGGGGAAGGAGACCCACAUGUCCCCGAAGACAUGAGCUUUUGGGGCACAGCAUCCCGCCUCAGGCACCUCACCAACACCUCCUACCUGGCCCCAUGCCCAAUCCCAGCAGACUUAGCAACAGGAAAAGCAAGGCCCCAGGAGAGACACUCUACUAUAUAUACUCCUCUAUAUAUUCUAUUUCUAUUGUAUAUUCAAUCUGUACAUGUGGGUGUAAAUGCUGUUAAAUGACAAACCCAAUAUUAUACUGUGGCUGGUGGACUAUUUUCAUCCUCA